UAAAAAUAACGUAAUUCUAAUACAAAUACCAAAGAAACCCACAUCACAAUUCCACACUACCCUUUGUGUAUGGCUUCUCACGCUGCUGCGGAAAACAUGAACGAGGUGGGACCUGGAUACGUCUUCAAAGAAGAGAUCCAUCUCACCGUCCUCAAAACCUCUCUCUUCUUCGCCGGCGAUGGCUUCACCGUCUACGACUGCAAGGGCCAACUCGUCUUCCGAGUUGACUCUUACGGACCCGACACUCGCGACAGAGACGAACUCGUUCUCAUGGAUCCUAACGGACGUUGUCUCCUAACUGUUCGUCGAAAGAGGCCGAGUUUGCAUCAACGGUGGGAGGGUUUCAAAGGGGAGAGAAUGGACGGUGAUAAACCUAUUUUCAGCGUGAAGAGAGCGUCGAUCAUUGGACGGGCGCGCGCGAGUUUGACGGUGGAGAUGUACGAUAACCCUGGUGAGGAGUACCAGAUCGAAGGGUGCUUCUCUCAGCGAUGCUGCACGGUAUUCAAUGUGACGAAGGAAUCUGUGGCUGAGAUUCGACGUAAGGUGGACCCCACCACCAGUGUUGUGCUUGGGAAGGAAGUGUUCUCUCUGUGUGUUAAGGCUGGGUUUGACGCGGCUUUUGCCAUGGGGUUCGUUCUUGUCCUGGAUCAGAUCAACGGUGAGGACUACGUUGACAGUGGUGCGACCGCGGAGCCUGCGGUGCACCCAGCCACAGAAGAUUAAAAGGGAGUAAUAGAGUGAACUUCACUUCCAGAUUUGAUCCCACUGGCAUUGCGUAAAAAUCUGGCGAGAGAGCCUCGGUGAUGGGUAGCGCUUUAUUUAAUUCAACUCACUAAUCUUUGGGGUUUGGAUUGUCCUUCUGAAGGGAACCUCUGCCCCUUCUUUUCUGGGUCAUGCCCUUGAAAGAAUAAAUUUUCAUGUAAAUUUUAUAUUGUAUUAUGCAUAAAAGUAUAAGUUGAGCUUUAUCCUAUUUUCAA